GUUCAUGUGCACAGCCACAUACUGUUACCCAUAUGCUCGCACGAUAUGCACGUUCUGCUCGCUGCACGACGACCGUAGCACGGCCAACUCUCAUUUCUGCCAGACUCCAGUCCAACACGUCUCGUAAAGAUACACCCCUCGUCGAAUCAGAGCAUCUUUUCGCGAAGCCGGCUCUCUUCGUGCUUGAUGUCGCAAAGCGCACCCUGAAAUUCACCUUUGGAGGCUUGGUGAUUGUAGGAGUUGUCGCACUGGGGACCCAUGAAGCCUAUCAUCAAUGGAUAGAACGGGUGGAACUGGCACCGAGAGCAGAUGAUGAAGAGGUCAGAAAAUGGGAAUGGGAUGUAGAGACUCUAAGGUGGUCGGGUCAUGCAGGAGGCACGGACCCUGGUCUCGGCAUGCGAGGGCGACACCUUGUUCGUGCAGCAUGGGCCUCGCAAACUUGGGCGCCAGCAGUGGGUAUCACUCCCCCUACGAAAGCCAAUCCCUCGAAUGGUCUGACAGACCUCUCUGCUAUCGUCGACGCCCGCUUGUACUACGGCGAAAAGUACCUACGAGAGGCACUCGCCAUUGCAGAAGAGAAGGAAAGCGAACAAAAGCUUCAUCCGAGUACAUUGCCCACGUUAUUGACGCGUCACGCUAUAGUUCUCGAAAAGAUGGGCCGGGACUCUUGGGCGAAAGCAAAAUCUCAGUACGGGCGCGUCUGGGCCAGCGAACCGUCGGCCUCCGUAGCUCUUAAGAUUGGUGAUCUUUCCAAUCGAAUGGGCCAAAAGGACGAUGCCUUGGCUUGGUGGGCGCGGGCCAUUCAGUUGACUCAGAAGGACCCUGUCGACGCUACGAAGCCUGCAGUACCUACUGUCGCUCUAUCAUCUCCAUCAGCCCAACGCAUCCUUUCCUCCGUACUCGUCUCCCUUUCUGCCUUCUACGCCACCACCCACAAUUUCCAAGAGGCCGAAGAAAUCGAAUAUAAUGCAUUAAACACUCUUCGAUCUAUGUCACAGCCAGAAUCUCCUUCUGUUUCUCCAUCCAAAGCACUCCACACGUCAACUUUACUCCAAAGGUCAGCUGUUCUCUCUGUCCAUCGUGCAGAGGUGCUGUACGCACGAGGCAAAUCGCCAAAAGAAUCCAUUAAAUGGCUUUCAUCAGCGGCAGAGUCAUCCGAGAGUGUAGUUCAUGCCUUGACGGGCCCUAAAGCUGCUGGUAUAGAUCAAGUUUCACCGAUAUACAAGCAUACCAAAACUCUGCAAGCUCCAGCAAUUGACUUGCUCCGAGACGCUCGUCGAACAGCUUCGGAGGCGUGGAAUUUGAUGGGCAUUUUGAAAGAACAAGUAUCUGGUCAUGACCAGCAAUCCGUUCUUGAAUGCUACGACCGCGCCUUGCAUUGGGCAGGAAAGUUGGAUGACUUUGGCGAGCGGAUUCCGGACGUCAUACUAUCUCGCGAGUGGAAAGUCAUUAUGGACAACUACACUCGACUAAAGCGUGCCAUCCAACCCGAAAGUCAUACAACAUAGUAAAACUGACACUAUCGACCUUGUUUUGCAUGUACCAUUAUGGCUAGAAGUAACAGCGCUCCAUCGAUCUAUUAAUAUCAAACGUGAGGGAAAUGU